AUGUAUAACGCACACCGCGGCAUGGUGCCUGCACCAAACAACCGCUUGACGGAGUUGUUGGAGCAGUUGCGCCAAGAAUUCGAGAGCCAGUCUCGGAGUACCGGCGAGUUUGAACACCAAUUGACUGGUCAGAUUCAGGAGAUGGAAAUGAUCAGGCAAAAGGUCUAUCAGCUUGAACAAGCGCAAAUCAAAAUCAAGGCCGAGUACGAAAAUGAAAUCCGAGUCUUGCGCCACGAGCUUGAAUCGCGCGGUGUCCAGACUGUCCCAUCGCAUGUCGGCGGCCCGACUCACGCAGGACCGUCACAAGCCCCUCCAGCGCUAGGACAUGGUACAAACAACCUUUUUGGAGGUAUAAUGGCCAACCAAGGUGGAAGUGGUCCCGGUCUGGCGCCUCCACCCCCUCAAGACCAGCAGCCACCUCAGCACGGUCUUCAACAGCCUGCUCCAGCUGCGCCACAAGGACCUCCCCAGCCUCCGCAGAGCUCAUACGGAGGAUACCAGCCCGGUGCUGGAGUCAAUGGAUACGGGCCGCCGCCUCCACCCACUGCGUCUCCGGGUCCCGGCAAAGGCCGUGGCCGAGCUCCACCUGGACCUGCCACUCCCCAGCAGACUCAUCAGCUCAACUAUCCCGCCCCUGGCGCUUCUCCCCAGAUCCCUCGCCCGACACCUACAGGACAACUUGUCCGUGAACGCCCAGGCAACACCCUUGCCAAUUGGAACCCAGAUGAUCUCCCUGCUACCCAGAAGCGCGAAGGCCCUGAUUGGUACGCUGUUUUCAACCCUGAGGUGCAGCGUGUAUUGGACGUUGAGCUCGUUCACCACUUGGUCCACGACAGUGUUGUUUGCUGUGUGCGAUUCAGCCGAGACGGCAAGUACGUUGCCACUGGUUGCAACAGAUCGGCUCAGAUCUUCGACGUUGCUACCGGCCAGAAUGUAGCCACUCUUCAAGAUGAGUCUGUCGACAAGGAUGGCGAUCUCUACAUUCGUAGCGUUUGCUUCAGCCCUGACGGCAAGUACCUUGCUACUGGUGCUGAGGAUAAACAAAUUAGAGUUUGGGAUAUUGCGACUCGCACCAUCAAGCACGUCUUCACUGGUCACGAACAAGAUAUCUACUCGCUCGACUUCGCAGGCAACGGCCGUUACAUUGCUUCUGGCAGUGGUGAUAAGACUGUGCGUCUCUGGGAUGUUUUGGAAGGCAAGCUCGUCUACACUCUCAGCAUCGAAGACGGUGUCACCACCGUUGCUAUGUCUCCUGAUGGCCACUAUGUGGCAGCUGGUUCUCUCGACAAGAGCGUUCGUGUCUGGGAUACAACUACUGGUUAUCUUGUUGAGCGCUUAGAAAAUCCCGAUGGCCACAAGGAUAGCGUCUAUUCCGUUGCCUUUGCGCCCAACGGUCGCGAUCUUGUCAGCGGUAGCUUGGACAAGACCAUCAAGAUGUGGGAGCUCACAGCACCCCGAGGUAUGCUCCCUGGAACCGGUGUCAAGGGUGGCAAGUGCGUGCGCACCUUUGAGGGUCACAAGGACUUUGUGUUGAGUGUUUGCUUGACACCUGAUGGACACUGGGUUAUGAGUGGAUCUAAGGACCGCGGAGUACAAUUUUGGGAUCCCAACACAGGUAGCGCACAGAUGAUGUUGCAGGGACACAAGAACUCAGUCAUCUCCGUCGCACCCAGCCCCAGCAACAAUCUUUUCGCCACAGGAAGUGGUGAUAUGCGAGCCCGAAUUUGGAGGUUUCCGAACAACGAGCUGAGGGUCCUGGAGCCACCUCGAUUCAUUGAUCCUCAUGUUGAGAAUACUCUGCCAUAUUACCAAAAUGCUGCUCCAGUCACAUAUGCUCCUCACAUACCGUCACCACCUUAUGAGGUUCCAGGACACAUGAUGAAUGGGUAUCAUAACUCGUAUCAUCAGCCACAUCUAUUCAACCACCACCAAACUUCAGGACCGCCUCAGACUCACAGCCAUGCGCAUACCCAGCCUAUUCACACCCAUCUUCAUGCUGCUCAAGUCCAUCACGCGCGCCCUAUUGCUCUUCACCAUCCGCAACAAGCUGCAACAGCAGGACAUCUGUCUACAGAGCAUACACCUAUCCAUUCACCUUCCCCGGAUGUGCACCAGGCUUCGAGACGAAUGCCUCAUGUGCAAUCCACUAGACUGACACCACAGAACGUUCAACAGCAGCAGCAGCAGCAAUCACGGAUAUUGGACGAUUAUCGUUCGGGCGCAGCACCCGCUAUUACGACGUCUGUCACUACUACGACUACUACCAGCAAUGUCAAUAUCCUCACACCCGUCUCACCAUCUUCGAAUACCGUUGUAAAUGCCCAGAAAAGAGAGAAAGACUCUUCCGGCGUUACCAAAGACAUCAACUUCUCGACAGAAGUCGACAUGCUGAUGAAGACCAUUCAAUCCCAUGAUCCUGCUCCUAAUAGCAGCAGCUCUACAUCUACACCUACUCCGUCUGUGACAUCGGCAGCGACGCCGCCGCCACCUCAUCACCAAUUCUCUACAUCGCAACAGCCGCAUUAUUCAUCCAACACAUCACAAAUGUCCUACCAACUGGGCAUAGCGGGUUAUAACUCCUAUGAGAGUACGCAGAAUGCAAAUACAUCCGCCCCGCAACCGCAGGCUCAAUCUGGCGGUCGAGUUGUGAGCGAUAGUCCAGAUGGGAAUUCGAAGCACAAACGAAAGCAUCAGUGCACAUUACCGGGCUGUGGGAAACUCUUUACUCAAAAGACGCAUUUGGAUAUUCAUAUGAGAGCUCAUACUGGGUUGAAACCAUUUAAAUGCAACGAACCACAAUGCGGACAACGAUUCUCGCAACUUGGAAAUCUUCGGACCCACGAACGACGACAUACAGGCGAGAGACCGUUCAAAUGCGAGGUUUGCGGCAAGUGCUUCGCCCAGAAAGGCAACGUGAGGGCGCACAUGUUUACGCACGCCAAGUCGAAACCGUAUACAUGUCAAUUGGAUAGCUGUUGGAAACAGUUCACGCAGCUUGGGAACUUGAAGUCACACCAAAAUAAAUUCCACGCAGCAACACUCCGCGAUCUAACAAUCCGCUUUGCGAACAUGCCGAAUCCAGACGUCAUGACGGCAGAUGACCGGAGUCUAUGGACAUAUUUUGCCAGUUUGUACAAGAACAGUAAUAAGGGCAUCAAGGGCCGAGGCAAAGAUCGAAAGAUAGCUUGUACGAACCCGAACAAGAAGAACUCCAGCAGCAGUGGCAGUGGCAAUAACAGCGGCCGUAACGGUCGAUCGACAAGCAAUGGGAAUAGUGCUAGCGAAAAUCUUCCUAGUGGCAGUGAUUCAGGGUCGAGUGAUUACCACAGUUUUGGAGAAGAUGGUGACGAGGAAGAGGAAUUGCAUGAGCAACAGCACCACCACCAUCCACAGCAAAGAUAUGCGCAUCAUACCAUUCCUUCGGUGCACCAUGGUCAUGGUGGGAUCUUAGGGCAUGUUGUGCAUCAUCGAGAACCGUUGUCGAUGUACUCGAAGAGUGAUCGAUGA